UUCUAAUCCAAAAAUGCAGUUGAAGGACAGAAUAGAGAACCUAAAGACUGAAAGUGAGGAUAAAAGAGAAAAAUUUCAAGGUCAAAAUAAAGGAAGUGGCAGCAAAGAAAAGAAUCUUAAUUUUAGUAGUCUAAGUCUUGCACCUGAGACUGAAGAGUCUAAUACAAAGGAGCAAAAGCCUAUAAGUUUAAUGGCACUAGUAAAUAAAUCUAAAUAAGGUAGCCAAGGAGGAGCUUACCCAAUUACAAGAAGAGAUGGCUUCAAUUGAAUCAUUGGAUAAAGCAUUAUUUCUUGAUCUUGGUGGACUCGAAUCGGUUAACUUGGACUUUGAAGUCAAUGAGGAUGGAGAUUUUCCCUUAGGGCUUGCAUGCAACAAGGGCUCUCAUGAAAUUGUAUCUCUGAUCCUUUCCAAUCCUUCCUGAAAUCCACAUAGGAUUAAUAAUCAAGGAGCUAAUGCAUUUUGGUUGGCUUGAGAAGGAGGUAAAGACGAAAACUUGCCUUUACUAGUAGAGAGGGAUGUUAAUUACCUAGUUAAAACAAAUAAAGGAUUAAAUAGCUUACACAUUGCAGCAAUGAAGAAUCAUUAUAAGGUAGUAAAAUACCUAAUCGAGCUUAAGUUUCCACUAAAUAUUAGGGUGAAUCAAGGACCAACUGCUUUAUCAAUUGCCUCUGAAUUAGGACACUUUGAUAUCGUAAAAUUACUUGUAAAAUCAGGUGCAAAAAUUAACAAACUCAGUAAGGAUGGGGAUGGACCUCUCUAUAAAGCCAUUGAGAAUGGUAACAAAGAUAUUGUUCAAUUUCUUGCUGAAAACGGAGCAAAAAUGGUAUUAAGCGAUAAAUAUAACGUUGACCCUUCAGCAAAGAAUUCUAAGAAACAGAAUGCUUUACAGUUUGCUGCUUCCUUAAAACUUACAAGUAUUAUGGAUUGCCUGAUCAAAAGAAUGCCGGAUCUUGAUCAGGAGGAUGAAUCAGGAUUUACCUUAUUCUCCAGAUACAUACUGCAAGAAAACUUCAGCAUAUGAUCAAAAUUAUUAGACUCUGGUUGAAAAUUAGACCAUGUGAAUAUUAAUGGAAAGACACCUCUUCAUCUUGCAGUAGAAUGUAGGAAGAUCAAAGCCAUUGAGUUCUUACUAGAUAAAGGUGCCAAUCCCCAUAUUGAAAACUUUUACGGCGAAGAUAUCUGUGAAAAGAUCCAGAAAUAUAAUUUAGUGCUCAAAGACAGAGUUAUGAUCCCUAUCUUACAAUGCUGACCUGACAAAAGGAUUAAAAUUGAUCCAGAGAAGAUUAGAGAAGAGGUUCAGGAUAAUAACGAAGAAGGAUCAGACUCAGGUGUUGAGGAGGAUGAGCCUCAAGACCAAGAGUCUAUUAUAUACGAUAAUCCUUCCUCCAGUUCAAGCUCUAGUUCUGAUACAGAAAAUAGUGAACUAAUGAUGACAGGGAGCUCUUUCUGGGUCUCUGAGAUAGGGAAUGCUUCCCCCUCUUCAAAAAGUCGGAUCAUAGAUAAUGAGAGCUCUCAGAAGUUCAUCCAAAGACUAAUUGAGCAGGAUAAUCCGAACAAAAUUGAUAUUAUUAACAAACCUUCUACUCUACAAAAGCCUGCACUUCACUCAAAAUAGCUUGUUUAAGAUGAAGACAUCAAAAGUGGCCGAAGAACAAGCUAAACCUGACCCUCCUCAAGAAGGAAAAGACUUAAUGACUCUGGCUCCAACUAAUGAAAUUGAUCAUAGAACUUCAAUGAACUCUAUGGUUUCAAAUAACUUCAAAAUUAACAUAAUCGAACAAAAUGAAGAAAGUGAGUUUCUGAAAGCUAUUACCGUCCAAAAACAAACUGAAUCCAACCCAGCCAUUCCUAACACUAAAAAUCCAGACCAGGCCAAACCAAAAAUCGAAGAAAUCAAAGAACAACCUGAAAACCCCCCAGACCAGACCAAAACCGAUCAACCCAAGCCUGGCUCCCAAGAAGAAACCAAAAACCAGCCUGAAGAAGAUGCCGAGCAACCAGCCAAGAAGAAAAAGAAGAAGAAGAAAAAGAAGAAAUCAAUUAAGAAGAAAGAUAUAGAAGGAGCUAAUGGUGACGAUGAGCCCCUCAACCAGGAUUUACAUCAGGAAGAGAAAGAGCAGAAGUUUGAAACUGAGAUACCAGUCCCUGUAGAUAAGGAACAUGUUCAACUUGCUGGGAUACAGAGUGUUGGCAAGGCAGUUAAUUUAGACAAGUUCUUACUGAGUGACCAGAGUAAUUCUGUUUUAUCAAAAAUUACUAAGAAAAAGAAGAGAAAGAAGGUUAAAAAGCAAGUUGAAACCCCAGAUACAAACAAGGAAACCAAAGAAUCAGAAAAUGAUAGGUUUGGAAACAAGAAUUCAGAAGGGAAAGAAGGUGCGAUGAGCUUUGAUGAAGGGAAGCCUACUCUUUCUGAAUUGAAAAUAAAAUCGAAGAGGCCUAGAGAACUUCCAGAAUCAAUAAAGAAUUUAGAUGAUUUGGAUAAUAAAUCUAUUGAAUCAGCUGAGCUAAAGCUUAAAGAGAGCCUAUCAAACAUAAAAGACCAACCACUUACAAGUAGAAAGAAAAAGCUUGGUAAGCUUAGGAAAGUGUCUCGGUCUCCUUCAAUUUCAGGGCGAGGCUCUGGAAAAUUAAACGACUCCAGCAUCGAUGGAGGAGACCUUGACCCAAAAGAGUAUUAUAAGCAAUACGCCAAAUCGAAGAAAGAGAAAGAACAUCUUGAACAAUUGAGCACUCUUAAAAUGCUUGAAAACGGCAAGGCUCAACUGAAACAAGACUUGAUGCUUGGUUCCACUAGUAGUAAAUCUAGCACAAAAGUAAAGAAACCUUCUCGAUAUUCAUAAACCUAAAAUUAAAUGAUAA